UGAUAAGACUUCCCUCAUACCCAAUCACGAUGCACAUUUACAUGUUACUGUCCAAAUAUCGUCUGGUUGAUAAGGAGAGAGAUAAAGAAAGAAAGAAAAGGAGGUCGGGCUUACUAACAAUCACAACAAGACAAAAUAACAGUUAACUACUGUUAUCGUCUCGCUGUAUAUAAGAAACAAGGUGUUAUUAACAUUAUCACUCGGUGGCUUUUGGCGUGUGGCGUAAGGUUGGCGGCCGCUAUCAUGUCCGCUGGUCUUCCGAAACCUGCGACUGUGGAUAAAGGUUUUUUAUCAAAAGUACGAGAUGAAGAUGUUCCGAAAAUGCUUUUCCUCUCUGUCAAUCCUAACAAGAUUGAAGAGCAAGAUACAACCUACGCGGCCUCUGGCUAUACCGACGGCGUCAGUAUCGGCAAGAAAGUCAUGGUGACAGAAUUCCGACGUGAAGAAACGUCAGACUCCGUCACGAGAUUAUUGGAGAAAUUUGAGAGAUCUUUGAGCGAGAAGAGCAUAAACCCAGUCCGCCGCGAGCUGCAACUCCGCAUCCUCAAACUCAGCAGUGUGGAAUUUAAUACCAACACCCAGAGCACCCUGGAGAGUAACUUCUCCGACGAAAACGAUCAGCUCAACAACGAGGAGGAAGAUAUUCUGGAAUUCACCGAAAUCUUCGAGAUGUUCAACAUAUCCGCGCCCGAGAAUAUCAAAGUCAAUUUCGGGAAUAUCAUUUCGAGCAAGAAGAUUCCGCUGAAGAGGGGAGACAUCGACAACUAUAGCAAGAAGACCUUCUUCGUAUACGCGGAGAACAAGAUCAUGAUGAAGAUCUGCGACUCCCUCACUCCCCGGGACGUCUAUUGCCUCUACGAGAUCAUAAGGGAAUCGAAGGCCAUCGAGAAUGAUGACAAAGUGAAGGACCUCUUGUCGCAGGAGAUAGACCAAGGGGCGCUAGAGAAAGUGCGUGGCCUAAAGGACGUGGCCUUUUACUAUCUCACGCUCAUGAUGAUGAGGAAGCAACUCCUCAACCGCCUUUACACUCACAGACUCGUUUUCCUCUUCGACCAGCUGAAGGAAAUGAAGAGCGGAAAAGACCCCAAUAUCGAUCGUAUUCUGGACACCCUUAACCGAUACCCCGUGGCUUCACGACCUCCGGGACUGUGCAUCGUGUUCAACAUGAUCGAGAACAGGAACGGGGCAGCCAAGGACCUCAUCAAAGUGAGGGAGUUGUUUGAAAAGGAAUAUAAAUUUGAUUUCUUCGUGAAAAUUGACCCCACAGCUGAAGAAAUAAAGACAAUUGUUAGCAAACUCAAGGCAGCUAGGAACAAGUUUUACGACAGCCUGGUCGUGUGGUUCAUGGGUCACGGAGACAAGACUUACCUCACUGUGAAGAAUGAGCAGCGUAUUCAUCGACGCACCGACCUCAUCCAGCCCUUCACGGAGAUCGAGUGGUUUAACAAGAAGCCCAAACUGUUCUUCAUACAGGCGUGUGCUGUGAAGAAAGAUCGAAAGAGGUUUUCGUCAACGUCGCAGCCCAAGGAACUGUCGGCUCUCCAGGCAUCCACGGACUCCUCCGGAUGGCGCGCCCCUGCUAGCAGCGAGUGGCAGGACAAGUACGCUAGUUAUACCGACGUGUCUCAGGUGAACUCCUUCGCUGACACGCUCAUCUCCUACGCGACCAUGUGGUACCAGUACGCUUCUAGAGGCGAGGAAGGUUCACUGUACGUUGACACCCUAGUGGACCAGCUGAGGCAAUAUGGGUGCAAGGAGAGUGUCGAAAAUGUUCUUCGUCGUGUUCACUAUAACGUGAACACAGUGGCUCUCUUGCACAGUGAGCAGGGCCAGGACAUUACAUGGAAGCAGGCACCCUAUUUUGAAUCCUCACUCCAAAAGGCUUUCAUAUUCCCUAAGCCUGAAAAAACAGUGGCUGGUAUAGUUCGGUAAAUUGAAGGAUUUGUAACCAUACAGUACAGAUAUAUAUGCACACUAAUGCAGUUAUAACCUCCCAUGAACGUGCAUACAAGCAUACACAACACAGACAGACGGACAUAUGUAUACUUUUACAAACUCAAGGGGCAAUGGUCUUAAGACAAGAAAUAUUUUGUUUAGCUCUAAGUAUCUUUUUUAAAUAAUGUCAAUGUCAUUAAUUUCAUAUCUGGCUGUAAAAGGAUUAUUUGUUAGAAAGAAUUGCGUGUUAUUCUAGUCGUCAUAAGUGUACUCACAAGCUGUUUGAAAUUCAGCUAGAAUUAUUAAUGACAUACUUAAGUAUUUGAUAAAUAAUUAAAAUGAUACGUUGUUCAUUUUGAUUCUUGUGUAUCAUUAAUGACUAAUUCAUAUGUGAUCUGCCUUUUAAACUAUAAAAAGCCACUUAGUUGUAAAAUUUGAUCAACAUUGCCUUGAUCUCUGGAAUAAGAAAGGUUUUGGCAGUGGACAAUUCAUCUUCAUAUUUAUCUAGAGCAAUUACUAAAUAAAAGAUAUCUUCUACAUCAAACUCAUUAGCCUUUACUGAUGACCAACAGAAUUGUAAUGGAAUACUCUUAACUGACCUGAAUGGCUAAUUAUCAUAUGCAAAUAAGUGAUUGGGAAAAGUGAAAGUCACUGAAUUACUGAACAGAAAACAUCUAUGUCAGAGAUACACACACAAAAGGAAUGUGAUACAGGGCAAUACUUAUUCAAAUAUAUCUGUAAAAUCAAAUAAUUAUGUGACCUAUUAAAUACUUGGUUUAUUUGAAGAGUGCUAUGUUCUGUCCAGCUAGGGCCACAUAUAUUAGUAAUAUUAAUAUUCCACUUGUUAAAAUAAGCUAAUAAAGUGAAAAAAGGAGAUGAAUUACAAGAGAGAUGAAGUUUGGCUGCAUCUCAGUACAAACAGUUUAGCACAUUUGACAAAAUUACAAUGUUUUUGUACUUAGCUAUCAAUAAGCAGAGGCACCAGCAAGGAACAAAGAGGAAACAACUACCCAACACAUCAGCUUGUGGCUCAGUAGCUUCUUCAAAACAUACAUCUCACACUCACUGGGAUAUGAGACCCCAGUUUGCUUAUGACAAUUGACUUCAAUGAGUCCUUAUACGUUUAAACUGACAGUUAGAUGGUUCACAAUUGUAUAUGGUAUAUGUCCUCCACUGUGAUCAUUCAUUGAACUGAAUGGAUGGUAGAUAACCCAUUAUUCUUUAACAACACAAAAAUGGUUAUUUUAUUCUACACUUCUACUACUAAAUUUCUGACAAGGUAUUUAUCCUUCUCUUCAUUUCAUAUCAAGGAGAAUUAUCCACAGAAAAAUGUAGUUCUUUAGCAUCAAGCAAGCAAAAUUGUGAGGAUACUCUACUGCUCCAAGAACUUUUUUCACAUUUAUAUAAUUAUUUGCAUUUGACAAACUAUUUUCAAUACCUAUUACUUGCUAAUGCAAAGCUUUAUUGAACUAUAAUCUUACCAUCUGGUAAGUAUGCUUAACGAAGGGAUAAAGGAUAUAAUUUCUGCAACUUACCACACAACUAUAUCAGAACUAGGAUAUAUUUUCUAUCAACAAGAGUAGUAGGGAGAGGUAAAGGCAAAUGAACUGAGGCAGAUAACAUCCACAAACUCUUUAUUGUCUUUUUUUCUUUUGCUUAAAAUGUAUACAUGAAUAAAUGCAAAUUACGAUCAAGCUAAAACCUGGGAAAGUGAAAGCCAUGUAA